AUGCGCCGCCUUCACCUGUUGAGUCUUCGCUGCCCGAGCAGCAGCAGCAGCAGCAGCAGCGAAGAAUUAAGAAGCAGCACAGAAGGGACCUCCUUUGCAGCAAGCUGUGCUGCUGCUAAUGAUAGCCCUACAAGGGUGCCCCCAACAAGGCCUGAUGCUGCUGCAGGGUACCAGCAGCAGCAGCAGCAACAACAGCAGCAGCAACAGCAGCAGCAGGAAGGGGCGGACGUACCCUCAGUUGACAGCAGCAGCAGCCGUCCUAGUAGUACUGCUGCAGCAGGAGCAGCAGCAAAAGCUGCAACAGCUAUAGAACCGCAGCAGCAACAGCAACAGCAGCAGCAGCAGCAACAGCAGCAGCAGCAGCAACAGCAGCAGCAGCAGCAGCAAGCCCGCCCUCGUAGUCUAUGCCCUCCUGAGGGUUUACGUCAAUUAUUAUCUGCUGCUGCUGCAUCCUCUGAUUCCCCUAUAAUGAUAGGCAGCAGCAGCAGCAGCAGCAGCAGCAGCAGCAGCAGGAGUGUAAAGAACAGCAGUAGCAAGACGAACAACAGCAACAACAGCAGCAACAGCAGCAACAGCAACAGCAACAGCAGCAGCAGCAGCAGCAGCAGCAGCAGCAGCAAGAGAUCUGCACACCAACAAUUUAAAUUAUCUGCAUAUAGAUUAGGGUUAGGUAUUGAGGGUUUGCUGCGAAUAGAUGGAGGGGGGCCCCCCUUGAGGCCCCUAAGGGAUCCACCUAGACGUACCCAUCAGCAGCAACAGCAGCAGCAGCAGCAGCAGCAGCAGCAGCAGGUAGUACCUGUGCUGCGUCACCAGCAGCAGCAGCAGCAGCAGCAGCAGGAGCAGCAGGAAGAGGAAGAAGAAGAUGAUUGUCUUGUAUUAGAUGAAUCAAUAUCUAGAGAUUCUGCUGCUGCUAUAAAGACAACAGCAGCAGCAACAGCAGCAGCAGCAGCAGCAGCAGCAGCAGGAGCAACAGGACCAUCAUCAGCAUCAUCAGCAACAGCAGCAGCAGCAGCAGCAACAGCAGCAACAGCAGCAGGACUAAGUCAUGAAGAUUUUAGAUGGGAAGAAGCAGAGUUAAUAGGAAGAGGAAGAAGUGCUCUUGUCUUUGCUGCUAUACAUACACCAUCUAAUCUAAUUGUUGCUAUUAAGGAGAUUCAUGUUGGUUGUUUUGGGGUGUAUACGCACCUUGAUGAAGCAACAAAGACUAAUCGUUAUCAACUUGCUGCAGAAGUUACCGCAAUGUCUCUAUCUGCCCAUUGGGUAGCACCAGCCCAAGCAGCAACAGCAGCAGCAACAGCAGCAACAGCAGCAACAGCAGCAGCAGCAGCAGCAGCACCAUCAUCAUCAUUAACACCCCGUAAACUUCCAUGUGCAACAUCAAUAGAAGAAAAAGAAGAGUCCCUUUGUGUCCCCUCUUCUUCUUCCUCUUCUUCCCUAUUAACAGCAUCAGUAGCAUCAUCAUCAUCAUCAACAGCAGCAGCAACAGCAGCAACAGCAGCAGCAGCAGCAGCAGCAGGAGCACCAUUACCUACAUUUAUAGUACCUUUUUUAGGUGCAUAUAGAUGGCUAACAAGAAGAGGAGGAUGUGCUCAUCUUGUAUUUGAGUUCAUGGACAUGGGGAGUCUAGGAUAUGUAAAGUUGGCAGAUUUAGGUGUUAGUCGUUGGCUAUCAGGAGAGACAGAAGAUCCUCUUACCUUCGUUGGCACAGAACUAUACAUGAGCCCUGAGCGUUUAUUUAGUGUUUCUUCUGAGACAUCUCCAUCCUCUGAGUUUCCUGGUUCUGGAUCUCCUGCUGCUGCAACAACAGCAACAGCAACAUCAGCAGCAGCAGCAGCAGGAGCAGCAGGAGGAGGAGGAGUAGGAUCUAAUGGUUGCUCUUCUUCUUCUUCUUCUUCUUCGUCAGGAGGAGGAGCAGCAGCAGCAGCAGCAGCAGCAGCAGCAGAGGAAAUAUCCUUUAAAGGGGAUAUAUGGAGCCUAGAUGGUUGGAUGCCUUAUAUAAGAAAGCUGAUGAAAUCUUCUCUAAGGGUUUACGAGUAG